GAUGAUGAUGAUGAGGAGGAAGAGUGCAGACUGCCCUCAGUACCACAGACUCAGAUUUGCGCGGACGGAGGAGCAAGUAUUGGCCACGAGCAACAGGGGCUAGUGAAGAAUACACUGGAAUGCAAGUGGAACCUGGCAGAAGCACAGGAGAGACUCUGCACUUUGGAAUUGCACAACUCCGAGUCCUUAGAGCAGGAGCAUGCCAAGGCACAGACUGAAUCCUGGGAACUCAAACGCAAGGAAGACGAGUGGAGACAGAAGGAGGAGGAGCUGAUGUGGAAUGAAAGGAUGAAUUCGUGGAAUGUUGAUACGAUCAGCAAGGAAGGGUUCAAUAGGAGCGUUAUUAACAAAAACAUCAAGCAUAAAGAAGCAGAGGAAGAGGCUGAUGGCAAAGUCGCAACAUUUGUCCAAAAAUGUGAACGCCAGAUCAAACACUUUGGAAUGCUGAAGCGAUGGGUGGACAGUCAGAGACACCUGUCGGAUCACCCUCACCUCAUCUGUGAAGAAACUGCUAACUACCUUAUAAAGUGGUGUUUUUAUUUACAAAAAGCAGAGAAACAGGCUUUGAUGGAGCAGGUAGCUCACCAGGCUGUCGUGAUGCAGUUUAUUGUAGAAAUGGGCCGAAACCUUCACCAAGAUCCGAGGGGCUGCUUCAGGCAGUUUUUUGAAAAAGCAAAAAUUGCUGAUGAGGGAUACAUGGAAGCGUUUCAUACUGAAUUGGAAGCAUUUAUCCAGAGGGUACGAGAAUUUUCACAAGCAAAAACUGCAGAGUCGGUAACGAUGGACAAAGUAGUUCGGGACUUUGAGCUCACAGUCUGGGCUGAGACGCCAAUGCCAUGUUGGGGAAAUGCUGUAUUUUCAGAGGAGCUCAAAAGAUGCUUCCAGUUACAAGAUGUGCAGCUCCUCCAAAACGUCCUUAGUGAUAUGGACCCUCAGGUUGCAGAACACUGUUUGCAGCAUUGUAUUGAUGCAGGCCUAAGGAUCUGCAAUUCAAAGGAAGCCAAAGAAGAAAGAAGUGAGGAACCCACAAUGGAUACUUCCUAAUCUGUUGCUGUUGUGCAGUGGCUCUCUACAAGGAUGCUUGCGUAUUAAAAAAAACCUUCAGUGCAGUGAGAGAAAAGCUAGCUAUUUUUGUAUGUAACUUGUUUACUUGCCUGUUUGAAUGCUGCACUUUAUAUUCAUCAGGAUUGUUAAAAACUCUAGUUAAUUCCUUAUAUUCCAUGGCAAUAAAUGGUUUCUGAUAAGAUUUAGAUUCAAGCACCGGGUAAUUGGCUGUUCGUGGGAUGGAGUUUGCCCAAGAUGUUUUUUUUAUCCUUGUUUGACCUAUGCAGGCCAAAUUCUGUCUACUUUGGUUUUGCUUUGCAGAAUAUCAGUUGCAUUGAGCAGUGAAAUGAGUCACAGGGCGGGUUUUGUUUCCUUGCAGAAGGACUUUUUUGGGGAGUAAAUCUGGGAAUAAGUUGCACCCGAUGGCAAAUUCUUGGAAUUCCAUACAGGAGCCACUGUCUUUCAGUAACAAGAAUCUAUAAUUCUUUCAAGUUCCUCAACUAAUAAAAAUAUGAGCUUCCCAAUGUUUGGUAUGUAGUGAAGGGGAUGUAGGUUGGUGCAUGUGAUUUUUUUAUAUUCAUAUUAAAAAUUAGUCCCUCUCUCAACUAAACCAUGGUUUGGCCAGCUCUGAAAAAUUAUAAGCUGGAUUUUUUUUAACCAAAAAAAGGUUGGAAUAAUGUGUGUUCUUUUAAAGUUAGACCACUGAGUCUCUUGAAGUUGACGGUUUAUCUCCCACAUCGCUGGUUAAAAAUUGCAGUGACACUGGGAUCUGUUUGUUCAAUGAAUCUUAUGGAAAUUUUCAGCAGACUAAUAGUCUUAAGUGUUACAGCAUCAAUGGGACUACUCAAAUUCAAAAGACAAAGCUUUGGGUACUGCAGACUUCCUAGGCACAAGCACUCCUUAAUGUAGUCCAUAUUUUUCUCAAUUCUCUAGCCCCCUUGCCGGAGGUAUACAAACUGUUAUUGUUUUAAUGUUGGCUCAAAUGUAUCAAAUCCACAAAGGAUAGUUUACUGGAGCUGCCUCUCCAGUGUGUGAGAUGAUCUCAGAGAUGGAAACUUUGGGUUAAUUUUUUUGCCUGUGUGAAUGAAACAUCUGUGUCCUCAUUGGGAGUGAUUACAAGGCAUUGCAGUUGGGCCCAACUUGGUGACAGGUAUAUACCUGAAUACAGCAAGUUGAAGUCAAUGAGAACCGUUCAAUAAAUUCUGCUAGUAUAGAACACAAAUAGAAUUGUUGGACUCUCUUUCUCUUCUCCGCGCCCCCCCCAGCCCCAGUGGAUCUGGAUGACAUUGGCACAGACAUAUUGAAGCAGACAUAUUGGAUCUCAGAAUUUACUCUCUGUCCCAGGAGACUUGUUAAACAUGGUGUAAAGUUUUCUUACAAUUUCACUUGAUCCACUCUUUAGAAUUAACUUUCCAACAUCUUUGUAAGUGUAAAGAGCAAAAGCAUCAAGAAUGUUCUGUGUUACUGUUGCUUGACGGGAAGGACAAAGGAAACCUUUUAUUUAGAGUGCCAAAAAUGGCAUGCAACACCCCAACCCUGCAGCCUGAACACCCCAUUGAAUGAGCUGUAGAUCUCACUCUGGAUUGAUAGAUCUUAUAAAGUAAGAUUUGACUUGGGAGCUCAUUUGAAUUCAGGUUUAAUACUCCAUUGUUACAGUCCAGUCCUGUCACAGUCAGUUUAACCACAACUUGCGUUGGCUGAUUCUUGUGAGUGGGGUGGGAGUGAUCAAUGUACACUUUUGACGGAAGGCAUAGAUGUUUAGUUUUUGCACUGACAUGUUUGCAUUUGGGACACUGCUGUGCGCAAUUAUCUGCCGUGUUUCGCCCACAAAUAUAUGGUCAAUUCAUUUUACAGUAUAUUCUGUGAAGCACUUUGAGACGAAAAGCGCUGUAUCAAGUGCAAGGAUUAUUAUUAUUAUUGUGGAAGAUUUAACAACCGAGUUUUCUUUCCUUGGUCCUGAAUAAAUGUAUUAAAACUA